AUGGCCGAAACAACAGCUGGAAAACUAGAUUGUAAAAAGAUCUUAUUUGUGAACUGGUCAUUGUCCACACCAGUGAUGGAUGAACAUAGUUUACGUGAAUCGAUACGUACAUUCAUUUCAAAAUCAAUUCAAUAUUGUCUUAACGGAAGUCAAAAGUCGGCUUUGACCAUGCAAGCAAUUGCAUUUGCCGUUCUCGAUUCAUGUGACCAUGAAAGAGUUCUGGCCGAAGAAAUGAUCAAUGAAGCUAGACGCCAAGUAGAUUUAUUGAAUUCAGUAUCAUUAAUGAUAUCAUUCGUUAUCUUACCCGAUCAAGAAACAUUGUAUCAACAAUUUAGGAGCACAAUUCAAAAUAUACAGACGAAAAAUGAUGGUAUUGGAGUUCUCUUUUAUCCAACAUCGACUCUAACAAUAACAUUGACUUCAUUGAACAAUGAUAGCUUGAUGAGAUGUCAAGAAAAAAUCUCUGAUUACUUGAAACGAUGUUCAAGUGAAAUUGAACUAACUAGAUGGGUUCAAUCAUUGGAACCAAUAUAUGAUUAA